CUCACCAGGAAGCUCAUGAACAUAAGGACACGGAUACAAUUAGGAUAGAAGUGAUGCAAAGAUGAGUGAUGUAGGAGACCACAAGGAGGAGGACAGCUCUGGUGAAGUGAGAUUUCACACAGGGAAUGCAACCCAAGACCAAAGCUGGAAAAGAGUGUUGCAGGGGACAGGGGACAGUGUUUCUCCAACAUCAAGCGAUGUUGCUCUCAACAGUGAGCACUCAAUGGGAUACCCAAUCAACUUUGGGACUGGAGAUCGGAGACAGCAAGAUAGACCACAUUCACCUUCAUUCACUGUCACGUCAUUGAAAAGUGACAGGUCAAAGGGUUUCCCAGUCAACUUCUCCGCUGAUGACAUACAGCAAGCUAGACCACAUUCACCUUCAUUCACUGUCACAUCAUUGAAAAGUGACAGGUCAAAGGGUUUCCCAGUCAACUUCUCUGCUGAUGACAUACAGCAAGCUAGACCACAUUCACCUUCAUUCACUGUCACAUCAUUGAAAAGUGACAGGUCAAAGGGUUUCCCAGUCAACUUCUCUGCUGAUGACAUACAGCAAGAUAGACCACAUUCACCUCCAUUCACUGUCACCUCCUUGAAAAGUGACAGGUCAAAGGGUUUCCCAGUCAACUUCUCCGCUGAUGACACUUCACAGGAGAAGAAUGAGGCAACAGGGUGUUUCAUCAAAGGUGUCCCUGACAUCCAACACCAAAGUGAAGUCACAGAUAAAAUGGCAUCAUUUCAGAAAUUUCACAAAGACUGUAUGUCGAGGAAGUUUAAAACCCUAUCUGAAGGACCAUCACCACAUACAAACCCACUUCUCCUUAAUGAGAUCUACACAGAACUGUACAUUACCGAGGUGGAAAGUGAAGAGGUCAAUGUGAAACAUGAAAUCAGACAGAUAGAGAAAGCCUCAAGAACAGCAGCAAUAGAAGACACACCAAUCAGCUGUAACGACAUCUUUAAACCCUUACCUGGACAACACAAAACUAUUAAAACAGUGUUGACUGUGGGAGUGGCUGGCAUUGGAAAAACAGUCUCUGUGCAUAAGUUCAUUUUAGACUGGGCUGAAGGAAAAACCAAUGAGGAUAUCCAAUUCAUAUUUCCUCUUCCUUUCCGAGAGCUGAACCUGUUGAAGGAGAAGAAACUCAGUCUGUUGGAUCUUAUUGAGCACUUUUUCUCAGAAAUGAAACGCCUUCCACCAGUCUUCACCAGUUCAAAGCACAGAGUCAUGUUCAUCUUUGAUGGCCUGGAUGAGUGUCGAAUUCCUCUGGAUUUCCAGUCCAAUCCAAAGUGUUCUGAUAUCACAGAGCCAGUCUCAGUGGAUGUGCUGCUGACAAACCUCAUCAAGGGGAAUCUCCUUUCCUCUGCUCUCCUCUGGAUCACCACCAGACCAGCAGCAGCCAAUCAGAUCCCUCAUGCGUCCACUAACCUAGUGACAGAGAUUCGAGGAUUCAGUGACCCUCAAAGGGAGGAGUAUCUCAGGAAGAGAAUUAGUGAUGAAGAUCUGGCCAACAGAACCAUCUCAUACCUGAGGUCAUCCAGGAGCCUCUACAUCAUGUGUCACAUUCCAGUAUUCUGCUGGAUCACAGCUACUGUUCUAGAGAGAAUGUUGAGUGGAACAGAGAAUGUUGAAAUCCCCAGAACUCUGACUCAAGUGUAUGUUCACUUUCUGACCAUUCAGAUUGGUAUCAAAAAUGUAAAGUACUCAGAGAAACAAAAGGGAAAAGACACAGAUGAAGAGAUGAUUUUCAAACUGGGGAAACUGGCCUUUCAACAGUUGGAGAAGGUCAAUCUGAUCUUCUAUGAGGAAGACCUGAGAGAGUGUGGCAUUGAUGUCACAGAAGCAUUAGUGUACUCAGGAGUGUGUACUCAGAUCUUUAGAGAGGAGUCUGGGCUGUACCAGGGGAAGGUGUUCAGUUUUGUGCAUCUGAGCAUUCAGGAGUUUCUUGCAGCUUUGUAUGUGUUCCUCAGCUUCAGCAAUAAAGAAAGAACAGGAAAAAACAAGCCUGACCAACAUCAAAUGUCUCAGCUCUCUGCUCUGUUCAGAGCUUCAACACUUCACGAUCUACAUAAGACUGCAGUGGAUCUGGCCUUACAGAGUAAGAACGGACACCUGGACCUUUUUCUACGCUUCCUUCUGGGCCUUUCACUGAAGUCCAAUCAGAAACUCCUGCAAAAGCUGUUGAAGAACAGAGGUGCCUCCAUGGACAAGGAGAAGACGGUUGAGUACUUAAAGAGUAAUUUUUUAGAGAGUCACUCAUUGGAGACAAACCUCAAUCUUGUCCACUGUCUCAAUGAAUUAGGAGACACCUCUAUGGUGGAGGACAUACAGAGAAGCCUGAUAUCAGGUCAACCUCCUUGGCCUGAUGACAAACCCCAAUCGUUUCACCAAUGUGCUUCUCUUGUGUACCUGCUGCUGACUGCAGCCGAAGGCCAAUAUGAGUUUAAAUACAACCAGAUCAUCAAAACAGAUACAUGUCUGGUGAAGAUGCUACCAGUUAUCAAAGCAUCCAUAAAAGCUCGGCUUGGGAAGUGUUUGCUCACUGCUAACAGCUGUAAGCUGCUGGCCCCUGUUCUUACCCAAUGCUCUUGCCUGGUCCGAGAUCUGGACUUCAGUGACAAUGAGAUCGGCGAUGCUGGAGUGAUGAAACUCUCAGAGGCGCUGUCAAACCCAAAGUCCAAACUGGAAUCACUAUGGCUUGGGAAGUGUUUGCUCACUGCUAACAGCUGUAAGCUGCUGGCCCCUGUUCUUACCCAAUGCUCUUGCCUGGUCCGAGAUCUGGACUUCAGUGACAAUGAGAUCGGCGAUGCUGGAGUGAUGAAACUCUCAGAGGCGCUGUCAAACCCAAAGUCCAAACUGGAAUCACUAUGGUUGAGGAACUGUUCCCUGACAGAGAAUAGCUGUGCCUGUCUGGCCUCAGUGCUCUCCUGUAGCUCCUCACUCAGACAGCUGGACCUGAGUGGAAACAGGAUUCAGGACGCUGGAGUGGAACUCCUCACUGAUGGUCUGAGGAGCACACACUGCACACUGGAGGAGUUGAGACUCCAUAACUGUGGCCUCACAGAUGAGAGCUGUGCUUCCCUGGCUUCAGCACUGAGGUCCAACCCUUCCCACCUGAGAGAGCUCCACCUGAGCGGCAACACUCUGAGGGAAUCUGGAGAGAAGCUUCUGGAAGCACUGCAGAAGAAUCCACAUAAUAGUCUGGAGAGUUUGAUAAGUGAAGUCACAGAUAAAAUGGCAUCAUUUCAGAAAUUUCACAAAGACUGUAUGUCGAGGAAGUUUAAAACCCUAUCUGAAGGACCAUCACCACAUACAACCCCAAUUCCCCUUAAUGAGAUCUACACAGAACUGUACAUUACCGAGGUGGAAAGUGAAGAAGUCAAUAAACAACAUGAAAUCAGACAGAUAGAGAAAGCCUCAAGAACAGCAGCAAUAGAAGACACACCAAUCAGCUGUAACGACAUCUUUAAACCCUUACCUGGACAACACAAAACUAUUAAAACAGUGUUGACUGUGGGAGUGGCUGGCAUUGGAAAAACAGUCUCUGUGCAUAAGUUCAUUUUAGACUGGGCUGAAGGAAAAACUAAUGAGGAUGUCCAAUUCAUAUUUCCUCUUCCUUUCCGAGAGCUGAACCUGUUGAAAGAGAAGAAACUCAGUCUGUUGGAUCUUAUUGAGCACUUUUUCUCAGAAAUGAAAAGCCUUCCACCAGUCUUCACCAGUUCAAAGUACAGAGUCAUGUUCAUCUUUGAUGGCCUGGAUGAGUGUCGAAUUCCUCUGGAUUUCCAGUCCAACCCAAAGUGUUCUGAUGUGACAGAGCCAGUCUCAGUGGAUGUGCUGCUGACAAACCUCAUCAAGGGGAAUCUCCUUUCCUCUGCUCUCCUCUGGAUCACCACCAGACCAGCAGCAGCCAAUCAGAUCCCUCCUGUAUCCACUAACCUAGUGACAGAGAUUCGAGGAUUCAGUGACCCUCAAAGGGAGGAGUAUGUCAUGAAGAAAAUCAGUGAUGAAGAUCUGGCCAAAAGAACCAUCACAUACCUGAGGUCAUCCAGGAGCCUCUACAUCAUGUGUCACAUACCAGUAUUCUGCUGGAUCACAGCUACUGUUCUAGAGAGAAUGUUGAGUGGAACAGAGAAUGUUGAAAUCCCCAGAACUCUGACUCAAGUGUAUGUUCACUUUUUAAUCUUUCAGAUUGGUAUCAAAAAUGUGAAGUACUCAGAGAAACAAAAGGGAAAAGACACAGAUGAAGAGAUGAUUUUCAAACUGGGGAAACUGGCCUUCCAACAGUUGGAGAAGGUCAAUCUGAUCUUCUAUGAGGAAGACCUGAGAGAGUGUGGCAUUGAUGUCACAGAAGCAUUAGUGUACUCAGGAGUGUGUACUCAGAUCUUUAGAGAGGAGUCUGGGCUGUACCAGGGGAAGGUGUUCAGUUUUGUGCAUCUGAGCAUUCAGGAGUUUCUUGCAGCUUUGUAUGUGUUCCUUUGCUUCAGCAACAGAGAGAAAACAGAGAAAAACAUCCCUGACCAACAGCAAACCUCUCAACUUUCUGCUCUGUUCAGAACUGCAACAAUUUAUGACCUGCACAAGGCUGCAGUGGAUCUGGCCUUACAGAGUAAGAACGGACACUUAGACCUUUUCCUACGCUUCCUUCUGGGCCUCUCACUGGAGUCCAAUCAGAAACUCCUGCAAAAGCUGUUGAAGAACAGAGUUGUCUCCAUGGAGAAGGAGAAGACUGUUGAGUAUUUAAAGAGUAAUAUUCUGGAGGAGAACACAGUGGAGAAAAACUUCAAUCUCUUCCACUGUCUAAAUGAACUGGGUGACACCUCUAUGGUGGAGGAAAUCCAGAGAUGCCUGAUAUCAGGUAAACGUCCUUGGCCUGGUAAGCAACCCCAGGCAUUUCACGAGUGUGCUACUCUUUUGUACCUGCUGCUGACUACAGCCGAAGGCCAAUAUGAGUUUAAUCACAACGAGAUCAUCGAAACAGAUGGUUGUGUCGAGAAGUUGCUACCAGUUAUCAAAGUAUCCAGAAAAGCUCGGCUUGAGAGGAGUUGCCUCACUGCUAAGAGCUGUGAGCUGCUGGCCUCUGUUCUUACCCAAUGCUCUUGCCUGGUCCGAGAUCUGGACUUCAGUGACAAUGAGAUCAGCGAUGCUGGAGUGGAGAUGCUCUCAAUGGCACUGACAAACCCAAAGUGCAAACUGGAAUCACUGUGGUUGAGGAACUGUUCCCUGACAGAGAGAAGCUGUGCUAUUUUGGCCUCAGUGCUCUCCUGCAGCUCCUCCCUCAGACAGCUGGACCUGAGUGGAAACUGGAUUCAGGACGACGGAGUGGAACUCCUCACUGAUGGUCUGAGGAGCACACACUGUGUCCUGGAGGAGUUGAGACUCCAUAACUGUGGCCUCACAGAUGAGAGCUGUGCUUCCCUGGCUUCAGCACUGAGGUCCAACCCUUCCCACCUGAGAGAGCUCCACCUGAGUGGCAACACUCUGAGGGAAUCUGGAGAGAAGCUUCUGGAAGCACUGCAGAAGAAUCCACAUAAUAGUCUGGAGAGUUUGAUAUUGGUUUUUUAUACGGAUAGAAGAUUUCAGUGGAUUCCAGACGAGCUAAGAUGGCGAGCCUGUCCAAGAUAUUCAGCGUGUCGACCGCCCAGCCUGCUGCAGUCUGAUCAACUGCAGCAAGGUUUCUUCACCAUCUGCGUGAACUUCAAGCAGCGCACACGGAUUACAGAUAAGCGUUCCUUCCCACACAAGGAGCCCAAAGGAAACUACUUUUGAAUGUUCUGUUUAUACCAUAAGGGACGUUUGCAUUUAUUUAUAGUUCAACAUUUUCUUUAAUACCUAAAAGGACUUUUUCUUACUUUAACAAACUCACUGAACUGCACUGAUUGAAUUGCACUUGCUCUUGAAGGGUGAUUGAUUGAUACUGGGAAAGUGUUUAUUUGUCAUUUUUACAAUUAUACUGCCUUACAUACACCACAUCCAUACAUCAUACAUUGCCACACUUCACUAAUAACUGCACACAUGUAUUUUCUUUCAUUUACU